AUGGCGAACUUAACCUUAACGGGAAUACUUGAGAAGAUGACGGGGAAGGACAAGGAUUACAGAUACAUGGCAACUUCUGAUUUGCUUAAUGAAUUAAACAAAGAGGGAUUCAUACUUGACGUUGACCUCGAAGUAAAAUUGUCUAAUAUUGUUAUCCAGCAACUUGAUGAUGCUGCAGGCGAUGUUUCUGGAUUAGCUGUGAAAUGUCUUGCUCCAUUGGUGAAGAAAAUCCGUGAUCAGCAGAUUCUUGAGAUGACUAAUAAGCUUUGUGACAAACUGCUGAAUGGAAAAGAACAACAUCGUGACAUUUCAAGCAUUGCUUUGAAGACAAUUGUUUCUGAAGUUCCUACCUCAUCCAUAGCACAAUCUGUACUUGUAUCCAUAUCUCCAAAGUUGAUAAGAGGAAUAACUUCCCAGGGAAUGCCCACUGAAAUCAAGUGCGAAUGCCUCGAUAUAUUGUGUGAUGUUCUUCAUAAAUAUGGAAAUUUAAUGGCAUCAGAUCAUGAAGUAUUAUUAGGUGCAUUGCUACCUCAGUUGAGUUCCAAUCAUGCCAGUGUCAGGAAGAAGGCCGUUUCAUGUGUAGCGUCUCUUGCUUCAAGCUUGUCAGAUGAUUUGCUGGCAAAAGCUACAGUUGAAGUUGUUCGGCUUUUGAAAAAUAAAGCCAUAAAACCAGAAAUUACACGCACAAACAUUCAGAUGAUUGGGGCUUUAAGUCGUGCUGUUGGCUAUCGCUUUGGUCCCCAUCUUGGAGAUACUGUUCCAAUAUUACUUAGCUAUUGUACAAAUGCAUCGGAGAAUGAUGAAGAGCUUCGUGAGUAUAGCUUGCAGGCUCUUGAGAGCUUUCUGCUGCGGUGUCCCAGGGAUAUUUCUUCCUAUUGUAACAACAUCUUACAUCUUACUUUGGAAUAUCUUAGCUAUGAUCCUAAUUUUACUGAUAACAUGGAGGAAGACACAAAUGAUGAGAGUUAUGUGGUGGAUGAGGAUGACGAGAGCGCUAAUGAAUAUACGGAUGACGAAGAUGUGAGCUGGAAGGUCCGUAGAGGUGCUGCCAAAUGCUUAUCAGCCUUGAUUGUUUCUCGCCCAGAGUUUCUAUCGAGGCUAUACGAGGAGGCUUGUCCGAAGUUGAUUGAUAGGUUUAAAGAAAGGGAAGAAAAUGUCAAGAUGGAUGUGUUUAAUACCUUCAUUGAGUUACUGCGACAAACCGGAAAUGUGACUAAAGGACAGACAGAUUUUGACGAAUCGAGUCCCAGAUACAUGUUGAAGCAAGACGUCUCAAAUAUUGUUCGAUCUGUAAAUAAACAACUGCGUGAGAAAUCUGUCAAAACGAAGGUUGGUGCCUUCUCAGUCUUGAAAGAACUGGUAAUUGUGCUGCCCGAUUGCCUUUCAGACCACAUUGGAUCUAUUACUCCUGGAAUUGAGAAAGCAUUGUGUGACAAAUCCUCUACCUCGAAUUUGAAGUUUGAAGCUCUUGUUUUCACAAGAUUAGUGUUGGCCUCACAUGCCCCUUCUGUUUUCCUUCCGUACAUUAAGGCCAUUUCUGCUCCCAUUAUAUCUGCCGUUGGUGAACGCUAUUACAAAGUUACAGCAGAGGCGUUGAGAGUGUGUGGAGAACUUGUACGUGUUGUGCGACCAAAUAUUGAGGGUUGUGGUUUUGAUUUCAAACCGUAUGUCCAACCCAUAUUUAAUGCCAUAAUGGCCCGCUUGACAAAUCAAGAUCAAGAUCAGGAGGUUAAAGAAUGCGCCAUUUCUUGCAUGGGGCUUGUUGUUUCAACAUUUGGUGAUCAACUUGGUGGGGAUUUACCUGCUUGCCUUCCCGUGUUAGUAGAUCGAAUGGGAAAUGAGAUAACUCGACUUACAGCCGUGAAGGCUUUUGCUGUCAUUGCUGGUUCUCCGUUGCACCUGGAUCUAUCAUGUGUUUUAGAGAAUGUAAUUUCUGAGUUAACUGCAUUCCUAAGGAAGGCUAAUCGAGCAUUAAGACAGGCAACGCUGGGAACUCUAAAUACUUUAAUUGUUGCUUAUGGUGAUAAAAUUGGUUCUUCUGCAUAUGAAGUGAUCGUUGUGGAACUUUCAACUCUGAUAAGCGACUCAGACUUGCAUAUGACUGCUCUGGCCUUGGAACUGUGCUGUACAUUGAUGGCCGACAGUAAAUCGGGUCCAAAUGUUGGUUUGACCGUCAGAAACAAAGUUCUUCCACAGGCAUUGACUCUAGUGAGAAGCUCAUUGCUGCAGGGGCAAGCACUUUUGGCACUAAAGAACUUCUUCCGUGCCUUGGUUUACUCAGCAAAUACUAGCUUUGAUGUGCUGCUAGACUCCCUUCUUUCAACUGCAAAAUCAUCUUCCCAGUCUGGCGGUGUUGCAAAACAGGCUUUAUUUUCCAUUGCUCAAUGUGUGGCAGUUCUCUGCCUUGCUGCAGGUGAUAAAAAAUGUAUGUCUACUGUAAAUAUGCUCACAGAUAUCCUGAAAUCUGACAGCACUACCAAUUCGGCCAAGCAACACCUUGCCUUGCUGUGUUUGGGGGAGAUCGGGAGGAGAAAAGAUUUAAGUACACACACCCAUAUAGAGAAUAUCGUUAUCGAAUCUUUCCAAUCACCUUUUGAGGAGAUAAAAUCUGCUGCCUCUUAUGCUCUAGGAAAUAUUGCUGUUGGAAAUCUACCAAAAUAUUUACCCUUCAUAUUGGACAAAAUUGAUAAUCAGCAGAAGAAGCAAUAUCUAUUGCUCCAUUCCCUGAAGGAGGUCAUAGUGAGACAAUCUGUGGAUAAAACUGAAUUUGAUGAUUCCAGUGUUGAGAAGAUCACCAAUUUGCUCUUUAACCACUGUGAAAGUGAGGAAGAGGGAGUUCGCAAUGUGGUUGCUGAGUGUCUAGGAAAAAUAGCCCUUAUUGAACCAGGAAAACUUGUUCCAGCACUGAAGGAGAGAACAAGCAGUGCAGCUGCAUUCACCCGAGCAACGGUUGUAAUUGCGAUCAAAUAUUCUAUAGUUGAGCGGCAGGAGAAGAUAGAUGAGAUUUUGUACCCAGAAAUCUCAUCUUUCUUGAUGCUUAUCAAGGAUCAUGAUCGGCACGUAAGGCGUGCAGCUGUAUUGGCCUUGAGUACCGCAGCCCAUAAUAAGCCAAACCUAAUAAAGGGCCUGCUUCCAGAUCUCUUGCCACUUCUAUAUGACCAGACGGUAAUUAAGAAAGAAUUGAUAAGGACAGUGGAUCUAGGUCCUUUCAAGCACACAGUAGAUGAUGGGCUUGAAUUAAGGAAGGCUGCUUUUGAAUGCGUAGAUACUUUGUUGGAUAGUUGUCUUGAUCAAGUGAAUCCUUCAUCUUUUAUUGUUCCAUACCUUUUAUCUGGUUUAAAUGAUCAUUAUGACGUGAAAAUGCCUUGCCACCUUAUCCUUUCGAAGUUGGCUGAUAAAUGUCCUGCUGCUGUAUUAGCCGUUUUGGAUUCUUUGGUGGAACCUCUCCAGAAAACUAUUGGCUUUAGGACUAAACAAGAUGCUGUCAAGCAAGAAGUAGAUCGUAAUGAAGACAUGAUCAAGAGUGCCCUCAGGACAAUUUCCUCCUUGAAUCGCAUAAGUGGAGGAGAUUGCAGCCACAAAUUUAAGAACCUCAUGGUUGAAAUUUCUAAGUCCCAAGCACUGUGGGAGAAGUACUCUUCCAUUCGGAACGAAUGA